AUCAUCAUCAUCGAUAUCGCAAUGAAAUCAAAUUGAGAAUUUUUUAAAUUAAAAAAAAAUGCCUCUGCUAAGCAACUGUCCACUUCAAGUGCUAAAGCUAAAAUAAAUUUAACCAUGGCUUCUUCACAAACAACAUCUGCAAUAAGGAUGAGUUCAGAUUUGGCUUCAUUUCGGAAGGAACUACGCCAAGCCAAACAUGUUGUUGCACUGACAGGAGCCGGGGUUAGUGCAGAAAGUGGUGUGCCUACAUUCAGAGGAGCUGGUGGUUUCUGGAGAAAGUGGCAGGCCACGGAUUUAGCUACACCUCAGGCAUUUAACAGGAAUCCAUCAUUGGUUUGGGAGUUCUAUCAUUACAGAAGGGAAGUUAUGCUCACCAAAAAACCAAAUAAUGGUCACAUUGCUAUUGCCAAGUGUGAAAAACGUUUCCUCUCGGAAGGCAGAAAGUUUACCGUGAUCACUCAAAAUAUUGAUGAAUUGCAUUAUACAGCAGGAUCCAAGAAUAUUAUUGAACUACAUGGUAGCCUGUUUAGAGUUAGAUGCACAAAGUGUGGUCACAGAGAGGUAGAUAGAAGCAGUCCUAUCUGUGAAGCACUCAAAGACAGAGGAGAACCAGAUGUGGAUGUCCCUGAUGCAAGAAUCCCUGUGGACCAGUUGCCCAAAUGUAGGCAGCCGGAUUGUGGUGGCCUGGUAAGACCUGACGUUGUUUGGUUCGGUGAAAUGCUGGAUGAAGUUGUGCUGCAGAAGGCAACUGCUGAGUUGGAUACCUGUGAUCUCUGUCUCGUGGUUGGGACAUCAUCAGUUGUGUAUCCUGCUGCCAUGUUUGCUCCUGAACUCGCCAGCAGAGGUGUGACAGUUGCAGAGUUCAAUGUUGAAGAAACGCCUGCAUCAGGUGCAUUCAAAUAUUACUUUCAAGGACCCAGUGGUGAAACACUACCUUCUGCGCUGGCUCCUUAGCUUCAGUUACCAUUGACAUAUAUCAUUCAAGCGUCCACUAUUCGAUGCCUUCAACAUUUCAAAUCUCUGUCUCGGUUAUCUUAUGCAGUCUUGCUGGGAUGAUAUUUUGGUAAGUCAAAACAGGCUUGUUAAUGUGUGUACUUGAAUAAAUUGAAUUUGGUUGCCAACUAUGUUUUUUGUUUUGAGAAAUUUCACCUCAUCAAGUUGCUACGAGUCAUUUGUCCAAUGCUCUCUAGUUUGUCUUAAACUUCAUCACCCGAUUCUAAGUAUGACAUUUACACACAUGUAUGUAUGCAUAUUAUAUAAUGUAUGUGUGUGUGAUUAUUUUAUUUUUGUUGAGACUUUAACAAUUUGUAGAAACAAAAA